CAAGAGCAGCAGCAGCAGGAGCAGCUGGCCGGCUGUCCUCCCUCCUUCUGGGCCCGCCAUGGCUGGAGCAGGGGCUGCCGCCUCCUGCUCCCCGCCGCCACCAGUGCCUCACAUGCCCCUGACCAGGGAGGUGGCCCAGGAGGAGGAGGAAGAGGAAGAGGAGGAGGAGGAGGAGGAAGACCCCCCACCCGGGGCCCUGGUGCCACGCUCCUCCCCGGUGCCCAGGCCUGGGGGCAGCAGCUCCUCCUCUGAGGAAGAAGAAGGAGGAGGAGGAGGAGGAGGGGAAGGAGAAGAGCACCCUCAGCAUCCUUGCUUGGCCAGGCCCCUUUCCCAGCAGCCCCCAGGCCUCCCUGGACCACUCUCCCCUCAGGAUGGGCCAGACCCGCCCUCCCAGGAUGCCCUUCCCGCCAACCAGCCCUUGCCACACACCCCUGGCCGGCACGUGCUCUUUGCCGACGCCUUGGGCCUGCCCUUGGCCCGCUGUCGCCGCUACCAACCCUGGCCGCCCCCCUCGCCCGACUCACCCCCUGAGGUGGUGCCCCCUGACCAAGCACCCCUCUCCACAGCUGCCCCCUACCUCUUGCCCGCUUUCGUGUUGCAACCGGCCGGGCAAGGUGAGCCAGAGCGGCUGGAGCGUCUUCAGGAGGCCAAGGUUGAACUAGAAGAGGUCCUGCCCCCAGAUCCCGGGGAGCCCCGGGUGCUGCGGGGCACCGUGCGGGUACUCAACAUCUCUUACCACAAGGCGGUGCACCUUCGGGCCAGCCGGGACCGCUGGCAGAGUCACCGGGACUACCCGGCCCUCUACAUCCAAGGGGGCUCUCCGGACGGGGGGUUGACCGACCGCUUUGCUUUCCGCCUGGACUUUGGGGACGAAGAGGAAGAGGAGGACGAUGAAGAUGGGGCCCGCCUCGAUUUUGUGGUGCGGUACCAAACCGACGAAGGGGUCUACUGGGCCAACAACCAGGGCAGGAAUUACAGCGUGUUCCUGAAGGGCACGGCACCUUCCCAGUGUCUGCCCAAGAGAUCGGGCAAAGACGUGGAAUCACGCCAGCUCAAGAGCUGCAUGAGGCCAGUCAAGACCAGGUCUGGCGAGAGUGAGCUGCGAUUAGAAGACAUGACUCAACAUGUCAGCACUGAAGAAUGGAAUGAUGAAAGGGACCCGGCCAGUGAAUUUCCAAACCCUCCUGCAGUGCAGCCCCAAGGUUUUGUGAUGCAGAUUCCAGAACUCACAAUCACCACAAACUCUCCUGAGAAGAAGGAGCCUUUCAGAGUCUAUCCUGUGGAUCUCAACGAUUCUUCACAUCCAUUUGAUUUCAAGGUUCAUCCUACAUCCUAUGAGGAACUGAAAGUGCCAUGGGGCUUCAUGCCAGGAACAGAUUCCCAUCCUAUGGGGCAGUUAGAUGUGCCUGACUUCAGCAGAAAUGAUGUCACCACAGAAGGCUCUUUCAUGGAAGAGUGCAUGGAGGACCAGUUGAGAAGGUACCAAGAACUACCCUAUCGCUUGGAGGAAGAUGCCAUUGACCGGGAACUGGAGCAGCUUUACCUGUCCCAUUUGAGCCGACUCCGAGCAGAAGAGCUUGGAGGAAGAGGAGAGUGGCCCGAGGAGGGUUCAGGCAACCCUGGCAACUCUGCAUCCUCUCUCAUUGCCUUGCGGCAGAGCAUCUUGACUGACCGCGACCUGAUAGUCAACUGGACAGGCCCUGAGAGAGCACUCAACAGCUCCCUGGCAGAGGAAAUCACCCUCCACUAUGCCAAGCAGCGGAGCGAUGACUCCAGAGACAGUGAAGAGGAAGGAUUCACACCAGGGUAUGCAACCCUUGCACCACCUGAUAUGAUGGGACAAGGCCGUGAGAGUCCACCAGUCUUAUUAGAAGGUUGCUUCCUAAAUCACUUGGAAGAGGGAAGUGUUCAGCAAAGCUCCACUGAGGACUCUGACUCAUUUGCCAGCCUGAGAGUGGUGCCACCCAACAGCUUACGACCAGCUAUUCAGGAGGCCACGGUAAUGCCUCUAGUGGUCCCAGCACGGACAGUAGUGCCCUUACCACAGCGGCCCACUGAACUGGCAUCCAGCCCUCUUGGUACCCAUGGACAGAGCAAGAAUCCAGGCCUCUUGAUAGGGCAAGGGAGCCUCUGGCUAGGAGAAGGACUUCAUGCCCAUAAGCCCACCAAAGCCAAUUCCAGUUCUCAUAGUGAGCUUGAAAAGAUCCUGAAACGCUCCCUGCAGUUCCUCAGCCUCUUUGUCUUCCUACCUGUGGUCUUCAGCAGCUGCAUGCCCCUGGUGGCCGUUACGCUUUACCUCCUCCUAGAUUGGUUCUCAUAGUUUGAUGGCCUUCUUGGAGGUGACAAAGGGUCCAUGAAGGGGACCUUCAGUAGUUUGGCUCCAUCCCCAUUUCUUCUGAACAACCAUGGUUUGUAUGAAUAAGAGGGACAGGGAAACAGAGAAAGAGGACAACUCAAAACCUCUGGGGAAGUCUAAGUCUUAAAUUAUGGUGGCUCAAAAUUUUCCAAAGUCCAGCACACUUUUCUUUCAGUUAAUUUUUUUUGUGAGUGGCAGGUGAUUAGAGUGUAAUAGUAAUUAUUUAUGAUAACAAGGUUGGGCAUUUACCAGCACCUCCCUCUCAUGGCCCCAUGUGUGACGAAGAGUCCACUACUCCAACAGCACCCCUUUUCUCUCUUUGCACAAAACACCCAUGAAGGGCAGAUGCAAUGUGGACAUUUCUUGGGUUUACUGUCAAAGGCUUUCAUGGCCGGAAUCACUGGGUUGUUGUAGGUUUUUUAAGGCUAUAUGGCCAUGUUCUAGAGGCAUUCUCUCCUGACGUUUCGCCUGCAUUUAUGGCAAGCAUCCUCAGAGGUAGUGACCCAGCUAGAGAAACUCCAGUGGUGUAGGGCGCAGACACCCUGUCAGAGUGAAAAUCUGGGGUGCUAUGCACAGCGGAUGAGGUUACUAGAUCACACAGACACAAAUCAGGACACUGCAGUAUUCCAGUUUCAAAAAUAACAUAAAGUUUACUAAGUACAUCUCAAUACACGCCUACUUCUAAGCAGACAAAAUCAGGAACUACAAAGCACAGCUUCAGUACAGUUUCAGAACAUCUGCUUAUCAGGCUCUCUGGCUGUAAGCCGGAUACUCCCUAUUUCUUCCCAGCUAGAGAAACUCUAGAGCAGGGGUCCUCAAACUAAGGCCCGGGGGCCAGAUGCGGCCCUCCAAGGUCAUUUACCCGGCCCUCGCUCAGGGUCAACCUAAGUCUAAAACGACUCGAAAGCACAUAACAACAACAGCAAUCCUAUCUCAUCAGCCAAAAGCAGGCCCACAUUUCCCAUUGAAAUACUAAUAAGUUUAUAUUUGUUAACAUUAUUCCUCAUUUUAAUUAUUGUAUUGUUUUUAAGUGUUUUUUACACUACAAAUAAGAUAUGUACAGCGUGCAUAGGAAUUCAUUCAUGGGGGGUUUUUUUUCAAAUUAUAAUCCGGCCCUCCAACAAUUUGAGGGACUGUAACCUGGCCCUCUGUUUAAAUAGUUUGUGGACCCCUGCUCUAGAGGAUGCUUGCCAUAGAUGCAGGCAAAACAUCAGGAGAGAAUGCCGCUAGAACAUGGCCAUAUACCUCUCAGGAUGCUUGCCAUAGAUGCAGGCGAAACGUCAGGAGAAAAUGCCUCUACAACAUGGCCAUAUAGCCUGAAAAAAAUCUACAACAACCCAUUUCUUGGGUUGAUAUUCCCUGCAGCAGGCCAAUCGUGAGAACGACGAAGGGUGCUUUGUCUGCACACCCACAAAUCAUAGAGCUGGCACUGUGUGGCGUGUUUCUCAUUUUUAUCUAGUAUUACAUUUUUCUCUCUUAAAAUCAGAUUUCCGUGUUGGGACUCCAUAGGCUUUGUGAUUGUCUCAGUCUUCUUUUCUUAUAUCUACCUUUCAGAGGCCAAAAUUCUAAUCUGAAGUGUGUUUCUUUGGGAAAUGAGUUUCAUACGAGUAUUUCUAAUUUAGGAUUGAUCCGAACAUUUCUGAAAAAAAUAUAUAGGUAUACGCAUAAGCACAUAUAUGAAGGGAUAAGCAUACAGAUACAACUACAUAUGUAAGAGAUCUUUUAAGGGAAAACUAUACAGGUAUCAUUGCGUAUUUAAGAUAUUUCCUCUGCAGAAAUUUUGACGUACUACCUGUUUUGUAAUAAAGUAAAAGAAAA